AUGGCCUCCCCUUUGUCAGUUGUUCUUCAUGUUAUCAUCAUGUCAACAGAAUUCUUCACAGGGAUUACAGUAAAUGGCUUCCUUGUAAUCGUGAACUGUAAUGAGCUGUUCAAAUGCAGAAAGCUAAUACCAAUGCAAAUUCUCUUAACAUGUAUAGGGAUGGCUCGAUUUGGUCUGCAGGUAGUGUUGAUGAUACAGAGUUUUUUGUCUACGUUUUUUCCAGUGUUUUAUCAGGAAAAAGUGCUUGGUAGAGUGAUGGUAGCCUUUUGGAUGUUUUUUAGCUCUCUCAGUCUCUGGUUUGCCACUUGCCUUUCUGUAUUUUACUUCCUCAAGAUUUCAGGCUUCACUCAGUCCUAUUUUCUUUGGCUGAAAUUCAGGAUUUCAAAGUUAAUACUCUGGCUGCUCCUGGGCAGCCUGCUGGUGUCGCUGAGCGUCGCAGCGCUAAGUGCCCACGUUGUUUACUCUAAAAGCACAAAGGAAGACGGCCUCAGAAACAUGACAGUGAAUAAGACUAAACUCAAGAUGAAGAGUGUCAAUGGAGUACUUCUUGUCAACCUGGCAUUGCUAUUCCCCCUGGCCAUAUUUGCAAUGUGCAUUUAUAUGCUGUGCGUCUCUCUUUACAAGCAUGUGUAUCGGAUGCAGAACAUGUCUCAUGGUUUUAGAAGUGCCAGCACAGAAGCCCAUAUAAAUGCACUAAGAAUGGUGAUAACAUUCUUUUGCUUCUUUAUUUUCUAUUUUGUUGCUUUCAUGGUAAAUAUAUCACUUAUCAUCCCAUACAGAAGUCAGUGGUUCUUUGCAGUAAAGGACAUAAUGGCCGCGUAUCCCUCUGGUCAUUCAGUCAUCAUAAUCUUGAGUAAUUCUAAGUUCCAACAAUCAUUCAGGCAAAUUCUCUGCCUCAAGAAAAAUUGUUGA